AUGAGGAACCCACUCGUACCACGUUUUGCCCCUCUCUGCCUUGUCAUCUUGCUGCACCACAUGACCACCACCGUCGCCGGUGACUCCCCGUAUACUUACACACCGGUCGAACACAUUCUACUUAACAGUGGCUCCUCUGGCAAUUAUACAGCAUCAGAUGCUCGGAUCUGGAUUGGAGACGUGAAUUCAAAAUUUCUCACUCACGAACAAUCACAAAGCCAGUCAUCUCUUACCACUAAAGCAGUUAAACAAGCGCAGACUGUCCCCCGAGUACUCUUUACCGAUGCACGGCUAUCUCUAGCCCCGUUCACCUACGUAUUCGACGUCACUGCGGGCCAAAAAUUCGUUCGACUACACUUUCACCCCGCUUCCUACUCUAACUUCAACCGCGCUAACGCCCUCUUCUCUGUCAAAGUUGGUGGUUUUACCCUUCUUAGCAACUUCAGCGCUUCACUUAACGCAGAUGCGGAUUCUAAAGAUACCAUAUCCAGAGAAUACUGUGUCAACAUCGAAGAAGGUCAGAGGUUGAACAUAACCUUCACUCCAUCUCACAGCGUUUCUAAUUCCUAUGCUUUUAUCAACGGGAUUGAAAUCUUAUCGAUGCCUACUAAUCUCUAUUUCACUCCGGUUGCCGAUCAAGGGUUUGAUUUUACCGGCCUGCAGAACUCGUACCGCGUCGAUAACAGCAGUUCUCUCGAGAUGGUAUACAGAUUAAAUGUUGGAGGGAAAACCAUCUCACCCGCUGAAGACACCGGAAUGUUCCGGGAAUGGCAAGACGACUUCAGUUACUUAAAAGAAUAUGGAUUAAUGUUAUUCUUACCUUUCAACAAUACUAUCGACCUGAAGAACACUGCCAAAUCCCGGUACACCGCACCAGAAUCCGUCUAUCGCACUGCCCGAACCCUGGGGAAUGACUCAACUAUCAACCUGAGCUACAAUCUCACCUGGAAAUUCCCAGUAGAUUCUGGGUUUGAUUACCGCAUUAGGCUGCACUUCUGCGAGUUUCAACCCGAAAUUAUUGAAGUGUCAGACAGAAGAUUCCAUAUUUUCAUAGCCAAUCAAACUGUAGAGAAAGAGGCCGACGUGAUUAAGUGGAGUGGUGGAAAUGGUGUGCCCGUGUUUAAAGACUACCCCGUUUCGAUGCGUGAAGGAACCGAGAAGAAAGUGAAUCUCUAUGUCGCAAUAGGAGCCGCGCAAAAGGGGGAGACGUCAUACCAGGAUGCAAUCUUGAACGGCAUCGAAAUCUUUAAAGUAAGCGACAACGGCAAUCUUGCAGGACCCAACCCCGAUCCACUUCCACCGAAGAACUCGAAAGGGAAUAGAACAACAAUAAUUUCAGUCGCCGCUGAUGGUGUCGUCGGAUUUAUUAUUCUCCCAUGUUAG